GGGUCUAUGUUUGGAGGUUGAAAGCCCAGACUGUUGUGUCCUGGGAGGAGGGGGAUGUGGUCUUUGACUCCUGGGGUUGGCAAGGAGAAGGCUGAGGCUCAGACUCCUCUGUCUGGGAGAAGGGAGGGAUAGGGGACCUGGAUCCCUAUGAUCUGAGAGAAGAGGUAGCUGGAUCUUGGCCUCUUGCAGCAGGGCCAGAAUAGGUAGACUGAAAUUCCCACAUUGCCGGUGAUGGGAGGGGCCUGAGUCGCUCGAAGGGGCGGGACUUGGACCGGAGGGGAGGGGCCUGCAAACUUUCCACAUUCACUCAGGCAAAGGGUCACCCAGCUUCGGUUUCUCUGACUAGGCUGGGCCUAGAUUUGCUGCCAGUGUGUGAUGGAGUCUGACCUCAGUUUCUGCAAAUGCUUUCACCCAGCCGGGCCUGGUUUCCUGAGAGCAACGGGUUUCCGUUUAUCUUGUGCCACGAUCAGAAUGGAUGGGCCUCAGUUUCUUCUGUGCCGGGCUCGGAUUGCCCUGCCUUAGUUUUCACUAUGUAGUAUCCCAGUUACGGUGCCUCAGUUUCGCUGCCUGUGCUUUGACGAAGCCGCUCUUCCUUCCCUGUUCCCUCCCCGUACCCGCAGGCCAGCACCGCCGCCAUGAUGUGCGAGGUGAUGCCCACCAUCAGCGAGGAUGGCCGGCGGGGUUCGGCGCUGGGCCCGGACGAGGCGGGCGGCGAGCUGGAGCGCCUCAUGGUCACGAUGCUCACGGAGCGCGAGCGCCUGCUCGAGACGCUGCGCGAAGCGCAGGACGGGCUGGCUACGGCGCAGUUGCGGCUGCGCGAGCUGGGCCACGAGAAGGACUCGCUGCAGCGCCAGCUCAGCAUCGCGCUGCCCCAGGAGUUUGCGGCUCUGACGAAGGAGCUGAACUUGUGUCGGGAGCAGCUACUGGAACGGGAGGAAGAAAUUGCAGAGUUGAAGGCAGAGCGGAACAAUACGCGGCUUCUCCUAGAGCACCUGGAGUGCCUGGUGUCCAGGCACGAGAGGUCACUGCGCAUGACUGUGGUAAAGCGCCAGGCACAGUCCCCGGGCGGGGUCUCUUCCGAAGUGGAGGUACUUAAGGCUCUAAAAUCCCUCUUCGAACACCACAAGGCACUGGAUGAGAAGGUCCGGGAGCGGCUGCGAAUGGCACUGGAGCGGGUGGCUGUGCUAGAGGAAGAGUUGGAGCUGAGCAAUCAGGAGACUCUGAGCCUUCGAGAGCAGCUGUCUAGGCGCCGGUCGGGGCUAGAGGAGCCCGGCAAGGAUGGGGAUGGGCAGAGUCUUGCCAAUGGCCUGGGUCCUGGUGGGGAUUCGAACCGGCGCACGGCAGAGCUGGAGGAGGCCCUGGAGCGGCAGCGGGCGGAGGUGUGCCAGCUGCGGGAGCGCCUGGCGGUGUUGUGCCGCCAGAUGAGCCAGCUGGAGGAGGAGCUGGGCACCGCCCACCGCGAGCUGGGUAAGGCCGAGGAAGCUAACGCCAAGCUCCAGCGCGACCUCAAGGAGGCGCUGGCGCAGCGGGAGGAUAUGGAGGAGCGGAUUACAACGCUAGAGAAGCGCUACCUGAGUGCCCAGCGCGAGGCCACGUCUCUGCACGACGCCAACGACAAGUUGGAAAACGAGUUGGCCAGCAAGGAGUCGCUGUACCGGCAGAGUGAAGAGAAGAGCCGUCAGCUGGCCGAAUGGCUGGACGACGCCAAGCAGAAGUUGCAGCAGACGCUGCAGAAGGCGGAGACCUUGCCAGAGAUAGAAGCCCAGCUCGCUCAGCGCGUGGCGGCGCUCAACAAAGCUGAGGAACGUCAUGGGAAUUUUGAGGAGCGGCUUCGGCAGCUGGAGGCCCAGUUGGAGGAAAAGAACCAGGAGCUGCAGCGGGCCCGGCAACGGGAGAAGAUGAACGAUGACCACAAUAAGCGGCUGUCCGAGACAGUGGACAAGCUGCUGAGCGAGUCCAACGAACGGCUGCAGCUUCACCUCAAGGAGCGCAUGGGGGCCCUGGAGGAGAAGAACUCACUGAGCGAGGAGAUUGCCAACAUGAAGAAGCUUCAGGAUGAGCUACUGCUCAACAAGGAGCAGCUCUUGGCAGAGAUGGAGCGGAUGCAGAUGGAGAUUGACCAGCUGCGGGGGAGGCCACCAUCCUCUUACUCCAGGUCUCUCCCUGGCAGUGCUCUGGAGCUCCGUUACUCCCAGGCACCCACCUUACCUUCUGGAGCCCACCUGGACCCCUAUGGGCCUGGCAGUGGCCGGGCAAGCAAGAGGGGCCGCUGGUCGGGGGUCAAGGAUGAGCCCUCUAAGAGACAGGAGUGGGAGCGGUCUGCCCCUGCGGGGUCCAUGCCACCUCCAUUCCCUGGGGAGCUGGAUGGCUCCGAUGAGGAGGAGGCGGAGGGGAUGUUUGGAGCUGAGUUGCUCUCCCCCAGUGGGCAGGCCGAUGUGCAGACGCUGGCCAUCAUGCUUCAGGAGCAGCUAGAGGCCAUCAACAAAGAGAUCAAGUUAAUCCAAGAGGAAAAGGAGACAACAGAACAAAGGGCAGAAGAGCUGGAGAGCCGGGUGUCUGGCUCUGGCCUGGACUCACUGGGCCGCUACCGCAGUAGCUGCUCACUGCCCCCCUCCCUCACCACCUCUACCCUUGCCAGCCCCUCCCCUCCCAGCUCUGGCCACUCAACACCCCGUCUGGCACCCCCUAGCCCUGCCCGCGAGGGCACUGACAAAGCUAAUCAUGUCCCCAAGGAGGAAGCUGGGGCUCCACGGGUGGAGGGGCCAGCAAUCCCAGGAGACACCCCACCUCCCACUCCUCGGUCUGCCCGCCUUGAGAGAAUGACCCAGGCCUUGGCACUGCAGGCGGGAUCCCUGGAAGAUGGAGGGCCCUCACGGGGAAGUGAGGGCACCCCAGAUUCCCUGCACAAAGCUCCCAAGAAGAAGAGCAUCAAGUCAUCCAUAGGCCGUCUCUUUGGCAAGAAGGAGAAGGGGCGAAUGGGACCACCAGGUCGGGACAGCUCUUCUCUGGCUGGAACACCCUCAGAUGAAACAUUGGCCACUGACCCUCUGGGGCUCGCCAAGCUGACAGGCCCAGGAGACAAGGACCGAAGGAACAAGAGGAAGCAUGAACUUCUGGAAGAGGCCUGCCGUCAGGGCCUGCCUUUUGCUGCCUGGGAUGGGCCCACUGUGGUCUCCUGGCUAGAGCUGUGGGUAGGCAUGCCUGCGUGGUAUGUGGCCGCCUGCCGGGCCAAUGUCAAGAGCGGUGCCAUCAUGGCCAACUUGUCAGACACGGAGAUCCAGCGCGAGAUCGGCAUCAGCAACCCACUGCACCGGCUCAAGCUGCGCCUCGCGAUCCAGGAGAUGGUCUCGCUCACCUCACCUUCUGCUCCUGCCUCCUCCCGCACCUCCACAGGAAACGUGUGGAUGACACAUGAGGAGAUGGAGUCCCUUACGGCGACGACCAAGCCUAUCCUGGCAUACGGCGACAUGAACCACGAAUGGGUGGGGAACGACUGGCUGCCCAGCCUGGGGCUGCCCCAAUACCGCAGCUACUUCAUGGAGUCACUGGUGGAUGCCCGAAUGUUAGACCAUCUUAACAAGAAGGAGCUCCGGGGCCAACUCAAGAUGGUGGACAGCUUCCACAGGGUGAGUCUGCAUUACGGGAUCAUGUGCCUGAAACGGCUCAACUAUGACCGGAAAGACUUGGAGCGAAGGCGGGAAGAGAGUCAGACCCAGAUCCGAGACGUGAUGGUGUGGUCCAAUGAGCGGGUCAUGGGUUGGGUGUCCGGGCUGGGUCUGAAGGAAUUCGCCACGAACCUCACGGAGAGCGGGGUGCACGGGGCGCUGCUUGCCCUGGACGAGACCUUCGACUAUUCCGACCUGGCCUUGCUCCUGCAGAUCCCCACGCAGAAUGCACAGGCCCGGCAGCUCUUGGAGAAGGAAUUCAGCAACCUCAUCUCCUUGGGCACAGACAGGCGGCUGGAUGAGGACAGUGCAAAGUCUUUCAGCCGCUCCCCAUCCUGGCGGAAGAUGUUCCGGGAGAAGGACCUCCGAGGCGUAACCCCUGACUCAGCUGAGAUGUUGCCCCCCAACUUUCGUUCAGCCGCAGCAGGAGCCCUGGGCUCGCCGGGGCUCCCUCUCCGCAAGCUGCAGCCGGAAGGCCAGACUUCUGGGAGUUCCCGGGCAGAUGGCGUUUCUGUCCGGACCUAUUCCUGCUAGUGUAGGCCUCCAGGUGAGGACUGCACUGGGCAAUCUGUACAGGGGUUCUGGGCAGCACAAGGGAUCUCACAGCUGCACGUACUGCCUGGCGUCAAUGCAGGUGACCUCACUCAGACGGAAGCACCUUUCGGAGGCUGGGCUGUUUCCCCUCCUGCCCAGAGUAUGGUCUCGCCGGGAGAGCUUGCUGGGGAGCUCGUGCCGCGGACUAGACCAUCUGUACAGACAAGCGGGGAAUGCUGGUCCCCGCCUCACAAAUGGACUGGGCCUGGGCCAAACCACAUGCACUGGACUGAGAGGGGGGAAGAAGAGGGCAGGAAAAAAUCCCGUCCCAAACUUCCGCCUCCCUUUCCUCUACUUUGUAAUUUAUUGAUCAGUUUCCGAUGGGAGAUGGGUGCCCUUUCCCCGCGGGAAGGGGGUGGGGCUUCCCUCCCGGGCCGCAUGCGGGGAGAGGCUGCCCCCUCCCCUUUCUUCCCAGUCGCGGGGUCCAAGUCUUCCUUCUUCCUCCGAAAGGAGGGGAGGGGGGACUCGCUGCUAAAAGCCUCGCCCCUUGUGCCACUCAGCCCUGCCCCGCCGCGUCCCGUCGCCGGUGCCAGGGGUCAGCUGCGGGCGGGGUUCCCUCUCUCUCCCCAGUGUCUCGUGUCCCCGAGGCCCCUCCGCCCCCCGUGCUGUGGCCGUGUCCGUGCCCCGGGGGUAGGGGCUGCAGAACUGCGCUCCCCGUUCCUCUCCAGCUCCGGGGUUUGCAUGGGAGAAUCCUCUUUCCACGAUGCCACUGGGCGACGUGGCGUGGGGGGAGGAAAGACGGUGGGGGAGCCCUCGCCCCCGACUCUUGGUCGGCCUCCCUGCCCCAGGCGUCAUUCAGUGAUCACGGGUAAAGAGAACUGUUUCAAAAAGCUCCCGUGUUGACUGAUUUAUUUACCAGGACCUAGCAAACCGACCACCUCCAGGAUUCCGCCCCUUCUCCCUCCGACCCACUCGCCCAAGUCCCCAGUCCCCGCCCAUGUUCUCCGGUGCCCAGAGGAUCCAGACC